CCGAAACGCUCGGGGUCUGCGGGGGGAGCCGGAGAUCGGGGACGGGCGGCUGGGCCCGGGGAGGCGGCGCGGGGGGGCGGUCCAGGGCCGAUCGGGAGGCGGAGCCCGGAGCUGGGGGCUGCUGGCGAGCGGCUCUCUCCGUUCCUUAGCUCGGGCGUCCUGGUUCGCUUCGGCGUCCGCCGUCUCCGCAGCUGCCUCCUCUUCCUCCUUCGCCUUCGCCACCGCCGCCGCCGCCCGCAGCACCGCAGCCCCGCAGCCCCUCCCGCCAUGGCCGCCGCCGGCGCCCGGCUCAGCCCCGGCCCCGGCUCGGGGCUCCGGGGGCGGCCGAGGCUCCGCUUCCACCCGGGGCCGCCGCCACUGCUGCCGCUGCUGCUGCUGUUCCUGCUCCUGCUGCCGCCGCCGCCGCUGCUGGCCGGCGCCACCGCCGCUGCCUCGCGGGAGCCCGACAGCCCGUGCCGGCUGAAAACCGUCACGGUGUCCACACUGCCCGCCCUGCGGGAGAGCGACAUCGGCUGGAGCGGCGCCCGCGCCGGGGCCGGGGCUGGGACCGGGGCCGGAGCCGCCGCCGCCGCCGCGUCCCCGGGCUCUCCUGGCUCUGCCGGCACCACCGCCGAGUCGCGCCUCCUGCUCUUUGUGCGUAACGAGCUGCCGGGGCGCAUCGCGGUGCAGGACGACCUGGACAACACCGAGCUGCCCUUCUUCACCCUGGAGAUGUCUGGCACAGCGGCGGACAUCUCGCUGGUGCACUGGAGACAGCAGUGGCUGGAGAAUGGCACCUUGUACUUCCACGUCUCCAUGAGCAGCUCCGGGCAGCUGGCCCAAGCCACCGCCCCCACUCUCCAGGAGCCCUCGGAGAUUGUUGAGGAGCAGAUGCACAUCCUCCACAUUUCUGUGAUGGGUGGCCUCAUCGCGCUGCUGCUGCUGCUGCUGGUGUUCACCGUGGCGCUGUAUGCCCAGCGACGUUGGCAGAAGCGUCGCCGCAUCCCCCAGAAGAGCGCAAGCACAGAAGCCACUCAUGAGAUCCACUACAUCCCAUCUGUGCUGCUGGGUCCCCAGGCGCGGGAGAGCUUCCGUUCAUCCCGGCUGCAAACCCACAAUUCCGUCAUUGGCGUGCCCAUCCGGGAGACUCCCAUCCUGGAUGACUAUGACUGUGAGGAGGAUGAGGAGCCACCUAGGCGGGCCAACCAUGUCUCCCGCGAGGACGAGUUUGGCAGCCAGGUGACCCACACUCUGGACAGUCUGGGACAUCCAGGGGAAGAGAAGGUGGACUUUGAGAAGAAAGCAGCAGCUGAGGCGACUCAGGAGACAGUGGAGUCCCUGAUGCAGAAGUUCAAGGAGAGUUUCCGCGCUAACACGCCCAUCGAGAUCGGUCAGCUGCAACCACCCCUGCGCAGCACAUCGGCAGGGAAGAGGAAGCGGAGGAGCAAGUCUCGAGGAGGAAUCAGCUUUGGGAGAGCCAAGGGGACGUCGGGCUCAGAGGCAGACGAUGAAACGCAGCUGACAUUCUACACGGAGCAGUACCGCAGUCGCCGCCGCAGCAAAGGUUUGCUGAAAAGCCCAGUGAACAAGACAGCCCUGACACUGAUUGCUGUGAGUUCCUGCAUCCUGGCCAUGGUGUGUGGCAGCCAGAUGUCUUGUCCACUCACCGUGAAGGUGACUCUGCAUGUGCCCGAGCACUUCAUAGCAGAUGGAAGCAGCUUCGUGGUGAGUGAAGGGAGCUACCUGGACAUCUCCGACUGGUUAAACCCGGCCAAGCUUUCCCUGUAUUACCAGAUCAAUGCCACCUCCCCAUGGGUGAGAGACCUCUGUGGACAAAGGACGACAGAUGCCUGUGAGCAGCUCUGCGACCCAGAAACCGGAGAGUGCAGCUGUCAUGAAGGCUAUGCCCCUGACCCUGUUCACAGACACCUGUGUGUGCGCAGUGACUGGGGACAGAGUGAAGGACCUUGGCCCUACACGACACUUGAGAGGGGCUAUGAUCUGGUGACAGGGGAGCAAGCCCCUGAAAAGAUUCUCAGGUCUACUUUCAGCUUGGGCCAAGGCCUCUGGCUUCCUGUCAGCAAAAGCUUUGUGGUUCCGCCUGUGGAGCUGUCCAUCAACCCCCUGGCCAGCUGCAAGACCGAUGUGCUCGUCACGGAAGACCCUGCAGAUGUCAGGGAAGAAGCGAUGCUGUCCACAUACUUUGAAACCAUCAAUGACCUGCUGUCCUCCUUCGGGCCAGUUCGUGACUGCUCUCGGAACAAUGGGGGCUGCACUCGCAACUUCAAGUGUGUGUCUGACCGGCAGGUGGAUUCCUCGGGAUGUGUGUGCCCCGAGGAGCUGAAACCCAUGAAGGAUGGCUCUGGCUGCUACGACCACUCCAAAGGCAUUGACUGCUCUGAUGGCUUUAAUGGCGGCUGUGAGCAGCUGUGCCUGCAGCAGACGCUGCCCCUGCCCUACGAUGCCACUUCGAGCACCAUCUUCAUGUUCUGCGGUUGCGUGGAGGAGUACAAACUGGCUCCUGAUGGAAAAUCCUGCUUAAUACUCUCAGAUGUCUGCGAGGGCCCUAAGUGCCUCAAACCUGACUCCAAAUUCAAUGAUACCCUCUUUGGAGAGAUGCUACAUGGUUACAACAACCGGACCCAGCAUGUGAACCAAGGCCAAGUCUUCCAGAUGACCUUUAGGGAGAACAACUUCAUCAAGGAUUUUCCCCAGCUUGCCGACGGGCUGUUGGUGAUCCCGCUGCCGGUGGAGGAGCAGUGCCGGGGGGUCCUCUCCGAGCCCCUUCCGGACCUCCAACUGCUCACUGGAGAUAUCAGGUAUGAUGAGGCCAUGGGUUACCCCAUGGUGCAGCAGUGGCGGGUCCGGAGCAACCUCUACCGUGUGAAGCUCAGCACCAUCACCCUCUCAGCAGGCUUCACUAAUGUUCUCAAGAUCCUGACCAAGGAGAGCAGUCGGGAGGAGCUGCUGUCCUUCAUCCAGCACUAUGGCUCCCACUACAUCGCAGAGGCCCUCUAUGGCUCAGAGCUCACCUGCAUCAUCCACUUUCCCAGCAAGAAGGUCCAGCAGCAGCUGUGGCUCCAGUAUCAGAAAGAGACCACAGAGCUGGGCAGCAAGAAGGAGCUCAAGUCCAUGCCCUUCAUCACCUACCUCUCAGGUUUGCUGACAGCCCAGAUGCUGUCAGAUGACCAGCUCAUUUCAGGUGUGGAGAUUCGCUGUGAGGAGAAGGGGCGCUGUCCAUCUACCUGUCACCUUUGCCGCCGGCCAGGCAAGGAGCAGCUGAGCCCCACACCAGUGCUGCUGGAAAUCAACCGUGUGGUGCCACUUUAUACCCUCAUCCAAGACAAUGGCACAAAGGAGGCCUUCAAGAGUGCACUGAUGAGUUCCUACUGGUGCUCAGGGAAAGGGGAUGUGAUUGAUGACUGGUGCAGGUGUGACCUCAGCGCCUUUGAUGCCAGUGGGCUCCCCAACUGCAGCCCCCUUCCGCAGCCGGUGCUGCGGCUGUCCCCAACAGUGGAGCCCUCCAGUACUGUGGUCUCCUUGGAGUGGGUGGAUGUUCAGCCAGCUAUUGGGACCAAGGUCUCCGACUAUAUUCUGCAGCAUAAGAAAGUGGAUGAAUACACAGACACUGACCUGUACACAGGAGAAUUCCUGAGUUUUGCUGAUGACUUACUCUCUGGCCUGGGCACAUCUUGUGUAGCAGCUGGUCGAAGCCAUGGAGAGGUCCCUGAAGUCAGUAUCUACUCAGUCAUCUUCAAGUGUCUGGAGCCCGACGGUCUCUACAAGUUCACUCUGUAUGCUGUGGAUACACGAGGGAGGCACUCAGAGCUAAGCACGGUGACCCUGAGGACGGCCUGUCCACUGGUAGAUGACAACAAGGCAGAAGAAAUAGCUGACAAGAUCUACAAUCUGUACAAUGGGUACACAAGUGGAAAGGAGCAGCAGAUGGCCUACAACACACUGAUGGAGGUCUCAGCCUCGAUGCUGUUCCGAGUCCAGCACCACUACAACUCUCACUAUGAAAAGUUUGGCGACUUCGUCUGGAGAAGUGAGGAUGAGCUGGGGCCCAGGAAGGCCCACCUGAUUCUACGGCGACUGGAGAGGGUGAGUAGCCACUGCUCCAGCCUCCUGCGGAGUGCCUACAUCCAGAGCCGCGUGGAAACAGUGCCCUAUCUUUUCUGCCGCAGCGAGGAGGUCCGGCCUGCAGGCAUGGUGUGGUACAGCAUCCUCAAGGACACCAAAAUCACGUGUGAGGAGAAGAUGGUGUCAAUGGCCCGGAACACGUACGGGGAGUCCAAGGGCCGGUGAGGGAGGGUAUUGCCCUCCGUGAGCACAGAGACUCUCCAUGGGAGGGGGAGCAGUAUUCUCCUGGAUCCUGGGGCCUGGGUGGGCUGGGGGACAGCUGAGGAUGGGCCUAGCAGAUGAAGCUUGCCAGCAAGGCCAAAGCAAACGGUUUCUCCUGUGGAUAGUGGACAGAGACCUUUGUAACCAAUGGAAUUAUUCAUUUUUCUCUAUCUUUUUAUUUUUUCAAAGAUAUUAUUUGACUCUAUCAAAAGUCUCUCCUUUUUAAACCUUUUCUUAUGGAUGGCUGUCAAUCCCGAGGCAGAAGUUUUCAGGUGGAGACCAAGCGGCCUUUGCUCUUCUUCCUCCUUCCUGCCACACUCUGCUUUCUUCCUGCCAUGGACCCCUGGAGGAGACAUAUGGAGGGACAGUUUUGACCUGACCCCUAGAGGAGACAGUUUUGACCUCUUCAGCACCAGGAAGGAAGCUCUGAGGAUGGUUGCAGUGAGGAAGCAUGGGUCUUUAAGGACUUCUCUCUCUUUUUUGCUGGACAUUAUUGAGUUUGUGGGACCCUGCCUCUUCCUGCUACCUGUGGGUCUUCCCAGAGUCCCUGCAGGCCUGUCCAUGCAUUAAAAAUUCCUAUUGUCUCUCUU